UCUCUUCGCUCGACGACCCGCGGAAGACCGACUGUGUUUUCUACCGGCUGUCUCUCGCGGUGCGCGGAUCUCGUCAUCGGAGGCCAGACCCUUCCGGGACCUGCUCUCUUUGUCCUCUGAUUCCGUGGCGCACGUAAUUCUUUUCCCGUGGCCGCAAUGAGUCACGUAUAUUUUUCUUCUCGCCGUUCCGCAGCCGUGAUUCACAUUCCCGUUUCUCCCUCUCCCUCCGGAUCUCGCGUUUGACGAAUGGAUACGAGGAGGCUCGGUUUCAGCUGCGGUAUGUAAUGACUCGUGCGGAGCCCGCACGUGUGUGGCGCGCGCGCGACAACGACGGCGGCGACGACGACCCCGUCGUCCGAGUGAGAAGGACGCCCCGCGCGAGUAAAGCGCCUCGGCGGCGCUUUCCUUCGCGUUUCUUACGUUCGCCCCUCUCGCCUGGAAGUCGCGUGAUCCUGAGAAACGAGCAAAGAGAAGCGGUAUCGGCAGCAAGGGGGAGAGAAAGUGCACCUCGCGGGAUUCAUCGCGUAGAUCUAUCUCGCGUGCCGCGCGCGAUAAGUCUUCCUCCCGUCGUUGGAUUCUCUCGUGAGCGCAUUUGUUCCUCUUUCCCGGAGUGACGGGACUUUUUCCUGUUGACAUCGGCUUUUAUAUUCGAUCUUUCCACAUAAGCUACUAUGGGUCGCUACACGGGAAAGAAAUGUCGUCUUCUGACAAUGCUGUGGCUGACAGCUUUAUUUUUUUUAGUCGAAAUUGUAGUUGGUUAUGUGACCAACUCAAUGGCUUUAAUAGCAGACAGUUUUCACAUGUUGUCAGAUGUGGCUGCCUUGGUGGUAGCAUUUCUUUCGGUAAAGAUGUCACCGAAAAAAUGGUCCAAAAACACAUUUGGCUGGGCCAGAGCCGAAGUGUUAGGAGCCUUGGUGAAUGCCGUGUUUUUAGUUGCUCUAUGUUUUAGUAUUACUGUGGAGGCGUGUAAAAGAUUUAUCGAGGUAGAGGAGAUUCAUGAAGCCAAACUCCUUGUCGCAGUUGGGGCGCUUGGUUUGCUGGUGAAUGUGAUAGGUUUAUGUUUAUUCCAUGAACAUGGAAGUGCUCAUGGCCACUCGCAUGGGAUAUCUCGAAGUCAUAAUAGACUAAGCACUUUGGUAGGCACGGACGACAAUGAGAACGACGAAGCUUACAGACCUUCGACGCCCCAAAUAAAACGAGCGCACGGCCACUCGCACGACGCAAGUCAGAUGAACAUGCGAGGAGUAUUUCUUCAUGUACUUUCCGAUGCGUUAGGGUCAGUCAUUGUAAUUGUGUCUGCUCUAAUUGUAUGGCAGACAAAGUGGAAGUACAGAUUCUACAUUGACCCUGCACUGUCGCUUUUAUUAGUUAUUCUUAUCCUGCGUUCAGUAUGGCCGUUACUUCAAGAAUCAGCUUUAAUUCUAUUACAGACUGUGCCAACACAUAUUCAGGUCGACGCUAUACAGCAACGUUUGUUGGAGAACAUAGACGGUGUAUUAGCCGUACAUGAAUUCCACGUAUGGCAAUUGGCGGGUGAUCGUAUUAUAGCUAGUGCGCAUAUAAGAUGUAGAAAUCUUUCGGAAUAUAUGAAAAUUGCCGAACAAGUUAAGGAAUUUUUCCAUAACGAGGGCAUACACUCGACGACUAUUCAACCAGAAUUUAUCGAUUAUCAUUCUAAUAGCGAAAUUAAAGAGACCCCCACGGAAGAUUGCGUGCUGGAUUGUCCAAAGACUGAUAAGCCAUGCAAUCAUGCGACUUGCUGUGGUCCUUCUAAACAAGGUCGUGAGACUCCCUCACCUGGAGAGACGCCAUACAUGUGCAGACAGCGUAAUAGCCUGGCGCGUUCGACCGGCUCUAUAGGAGGAACAGAGCAGCAAGAAGUGAAUGAAAUGGAACGCGGACACUUGUUAUCACUGCCCGCCUCGCAUCCAACGUCGUUCCACUCCGUCCAAGUUCCCCACCCUCACGUUAAUGCACCGACCGUCUGAGUUCUCAUCGCAUUAUCUAAAUAUCUACCUCCAUAGCAAAAUACGCGAGAUGCGCGUCACGAUUUAUUGUACAAAUACAAUAAAUGUGUACCUACAUAAAAUUCACUAAUAUCACGCAGUUGAUGGCAACGACGUAUUAGGCAAUUGCAUAUUAAAUAACAAAUUGCUACAUUCGUGAAAACGUGCAAAUUAAAGUAAUUAUUGAUAAUUUUUUUCUGAAGCAAUUUGACGAAUAAUCUGGCAGUUUCUUAUCUUUGCCAUCAAUUUACUUAUAAUAAAUAAUUAAGAUAAUUAAAACCCAAAGGCAUAUUAAUACCAAAUAUAUUAUGUUACAUAUGCUCUAUGCGCUCUAUAUACUCUGACAUAAAUAAUAACAUAUUGGAUUUUUACUGUAAAUUUCUUAGGAAACAUUUCAAAAUUACAAGACUUUGCAACUGUUUGAAGCAUAAUUUAUCACAUAAAAUACAUUUAUAGUCUAAGUAUUUUUUAAAUCUCACUUGUACAUUGAUUGACACUGUGGUUUUGUAAAAAUCCACUUUGCGAACUUCUUUAUUUAUAUAUAAUUUUUAUUAUGUUGGUUAUAUAAUAUGUAAUUUUAUAAGAUAGGACGUAAAUUUAGCAAGAGUACCAAGUCUCUUCGUUAAAUCUAUACUUUCCUCCAUAUAAUUCUUAAAUAUUAAGUCUGUAUAUUUUUUAUGUAUUUCUUAUAGUUAAGUAAUUAUAAAAAAAAUUAUUCAAAA